GUGUCUCUGUGUGUGUGUUGCAUGCUUGGUUUGUGUGGACAGAGUGUGCACUGUCUUGAAUACAAAAGGACAUCUUCACAGGCUCAGCAUAGGCACGCUCUGCUGUUUGUGCGGGAUACUCAUUUUUCUUGCGACUGCCAGCCUCAGGUAUGAGGGCCUGCUUAGUAUUCCUUUGCUUACUGGCAGCAACAUUUGCUCUGUCUGUGAAAAGUAAACCUCAUGGAAAGCAUCAUGGUUUGCAUAAGAGUUUGCACACAGCCAAAGAAAAGGAUGCUAUCACAGAGGAAGCCAAUAAGCCAAAGAUCUUACCCACUUUAGUCACAUUUGAGGCCAGCAGCCAGGAGCAGGAAGACGAAGAACUGAGUUCCGAAGACAACGCUAACAAGGACGAUGGAGAGAGGGCUGAAAAGCGAGAGAAAAGCAGUGCAGUUCUGUUGAGUGAAGAAGAACUGGUAGACCUCCUGACGAAAGAGGCUGAAGAGGAAGAUGAAGCUGAAGUAAGAGAGCUGGAGGAGGAAGAAGUAGAGCCUGACAAACGCAAGGUUGAGUCUAGUGAGGUUGUUGAGGUCACUGAGGAUCAGGAGAAGUUGGAUGAGAAUUCAGAGACAAAGAAACAUUUGCUGGAUGGGGAAGAAGUGAAGGAAGACAGUGUGGAAGAUGUGAUAGAGGAGAAGGUCCAGAAGAUGACCCAUUCAGAAAGGAAGGAAGAGCCUACUGAAGCACUGCUAGAGGAAGAUGGCAGCACAGAAUCAGUGAUUCCAGUCGAUCUGGACUAUGCUGCUGAUAGUAGCCUCCUACAACCUCUACAGACUGCAUCGGCUAAUGACAAAACCCACUCAGAUGACACCAAGCCUACUUCAAAAACGGACAUCAGACAGAAAGAAACCAGUGGGAAAGAAAUGGCCAAAAUUACUGAUGACUAUGAACAAGGCAUGCAAAACACAGAGGCAGCACACAGCGAGGAGGUGUCUGAUCAGACAGAGGACGAAGAUUUCUCAGACCAAGACGUAAGCGCCAAGAAAGAACCUGAAGCAAAUGUGGACCAUCCAGAGCCAAAGGGCGAUGCAGAGCUUGAAUUGAGGGCCACUCUAUCUGGAAAGGAGGAAGAGAAGAGUAAGAAUGUGGGUGGAAGUCACACUAAGGGGAAAACGAGGAAGCAAAAGAAAAACCAAAGGUCAAGGAAGCACUCUCCGGACAGGGAGGAAACACAACCCGGACAAGAAGAGGGCCGACAGGAUCCUGAGUCUGAGAGCAGCAGCACUGACAAUACAGACCAAAAGACAAAGAGGAGAAGGGCAGGAAAAUGGGGUCCUUUAGUUGGUGUAAAUCCGGUGCAGAUAAGAGCUGCAGCCGAUCUGUACCCAAGGUCCAGGCCCUCUCUUGGCAUACAUCUCCCAGAAACCCCUACUGAUCCAUGUGAAAACUUCCGUUGCAAACGUGGAAAAACAUGCAAACUUGAUGCAGACAAUAAGCCAGGGUGUGUGUGUCAAGAACCAUCAGAGUGUCCUCCCAGUGUGAAUGAAUUUGACUAUGUUUGUGGGACAGACAACAAAACAUAUGACACAUCAUGUGAACUCUUUGCUACUAAAUGCAACUUGGAGGGCACUAAGAAAGGACACAGACUUCACCUAGACUACACUGGGCCAUGCAAAUUGAUACCUCCGUGUGUGGACACCGAGCUGGUGCAAUUUCCUUUACGAAUGAGAGAUUGGCUCAAAAACGUGCUGCUCCAGCUCUACGAACAUGACUCCAUAACUCCUGGCUUCCUCACUCCUAAACAGCGUUUCAGAGUGAAGAAAAUCUUCGAGAGUGAGAGGCGCCUUCAUGCAGGCGAUCACUCUGUUGAGCUUCUCGCACAGGACUUUGAGAAAAACUACAACAUGUACAUCUACCCAGUACACUGGCAGUUUGCUCAGCUGGACCAGCACCCGUCUGAUAGGUUUUUGUCCCACUCAGAGCUGGCCCCUCUCAGGGUCCCUCUGGUGCCAAUGGAGCACUGCACCUCUCGCUUCUUCCAGGAGUGCGAUGCUGACAAAGACAAACUGGUAUCGUUUAAGGAGUGGAUCACCUGUUUUGGUAUCAGGAAUGAGGACAUGGAUGCCAACCUGCUUUUCUGAGCUUCGGUUUGUUCCUCAUCUACUACAUAAGCUUGCAAAAGCUGCUCCAGCGUUGUAGCUUGAAUAUCUGGCUGCUGAAGUUUUGUCUAAUCAAAAUGAUACAGUACACGCUCUGACAAGUACAGAUGAAACAAACCCAUGUUACCUCCCGCUAUAAACAAAGCUUUGUGUAAGGCUAAGCAUGGACAUUUAAAUCACUGAUCUGUAAUUUAGACUGAGCUGCUAGAACCGUCUAUUAGAAGAAAGAAGUAGUUAUUUUUUUGCUGGCUGUAUUCAAAAUCUUUAUUACAAUGCAUUCCAAACUGUUAGAAGAAACACUGUACAGUACACAGUGCCAGGUAGUACCACACUUAUCACUUUUUAAAAUCACAACGGUGUAGUAGACAAUCGCAGAUUCCUGUUUGAUACUAGCAAAUGUAAAAUAGCACCUGUAUUGGCUAACUUAGUAGCAAAUGUAUACAUGUUUGUCUUCUGAUGUUAUGUUUCCUUACAGUGCUAACUAAAGGCUAAGACAGCAAAGAAAUUCACAAUUUCAGAAUAUUUCAGUAAACUCUGUUGCUUAUUGAUGUUUGUGUUGAAAUAAAGUCUCCUACAAAAAGA